AUGAACAAGCAGCUCAGCAACAACGGCCAAGGGGUGAAGGAAACGGUCUCAAGCCAAGUAGGACUAUUGAAAGACCAGCUCCUCGAGAACUUCUCCGACCUCGAGAGACGGUCUAAGGAGAUCUCCAAUAACAGUCUCGGCGCGACAUAUAAGUCUCACAAACUGAAAUGGAAAAUUCUCCAAGGACUGCCGGAAUCGAACUGGGAAAUCAAGAUGUCAUGGCAGUGGCCAGAUUGCGAGGUAGUAGUGCGACGAGACGGUUUGAACCCAGCAGUCUGUGAACUUCCUGGAAUUUCUUCCAUGAGGAAACCCGCAUAUUCGGCCACGAACAUAGCCGAGACCACCGGACUGCCAUCAGUGACAUCCAAGCCACCGCCAGCUUCCAUCACAACACCUGCCUCGACCUCCCCAGCGUGCUCCAAAGACGACGAUUGCAAGUCAUGCCCCCACGGAGAGAUGGCAACUACUCAAAAGACCAGUACGACGUCCUCGGCGCCGAUUCCUAGAUGGACCCAGACAUGCAGUACUGGAGGUCUCAGGUUCGACAAGAAUACGGCCGCUCAAUGGGUUGAAGACUUCUGCAAAGAGGCACACAAGAAGAAAUGGAGUGACGACGACUGGUUCAACGCGAAGACUGACGGCAAGAUGGCCAAGACGAAGGGUAUUUCAGUCUACGACAACAAAGACGGGAAGAAGAUUUCGUCAUACAGAUUCAUCAUACAUGUCGUCAAACCCGGCCGGGAGAAUUCCAAUGGGAAGCUCGACAAUGAAAAGGGCAAGCCUCAUACUCGUUGGUGCGAGCCUAAGGGGAGGGGGUCUAACCUCGAAUCCGCCCUCGAUUGGCUGAGGGAAGAUCCGAAUCAAUGCCGCAGGCAGUUGCAAUCGCUGCUUAUGUGCAAACCGCGCCCUGAAGACGCAGAGACGCCAUCGGGGGGGAACCAAGCAGGCCUCUGUCUCCAAUGGACUAUCGAUGUGAAGAAAGAGGACAAGUGA